GACCUACGUUCACCCUGGUCCCAAAUUGCAUUUGUACAGUUCGAACUUCGAAGGAAGAAACUAGGAUGGCGCAAAAUUUAAAAGUGUGUGAAUUGGGUGAAGGCGUCGCAGACAAAUUGAAGAAGCUACGAUUCAGAAAGGAAAAGACAAAUAGUGCAUUGAUUUUUAAAAUCAAAGACGAGGUGAUAGUCCUGGAGGAUGAACUUGAAGACAUGUCAGUUGAUGAGUUGCAGGCAGAGUUACCCACCAGCCAGCCGCGCUACGUCGUCCUCAGCUAUUGUUAUAAACACGACGAUGGACGAACCUCCUACCCACUCCUCUUCAUCUUUUUGUCUCCAUCAGGAUGUAAACCAGAGCAGCAGAUGAUGUACGCUGGAAGCAAACUUAAUUUUCAACAGGCGUCUGGCGUUACAAAGGUUUUAGAGAUUCGGAAUGUAGAAGAGUUGACGGAGGAGUACAUUAAGGAAAAGCUUUCAUUCUUCCGUUAGUGCAAUCCUCAUCAUCAAGUCCAUAACAUCAGCUUGUCAUCUCACAGAAGCAACCCCUGAAUACUGAACUGGCUUAUUCAGUAACAGAAGAUGAACAAGAGGUAUACUACAAGUUAUCCCGCGAGCGCGAGUGGAACACGGAAUAAUGUAGUGCGUCUGUUUCGUCGGAGUGGUAUGUGAACACGGAUGCACUACAUUUUCCGUGUUCCAUGAGCGGGAGCGUGAUAAUGAGUUUAUCUUCAAGCAAACUUGACACACAGUACAGUUGGAUGACGCAGUUUAGCGCAUGCAGCUGGAAUGUCGCUCGAAUUUUGGAAUAGCGCAAUACGCAGGGUGCGAUAUGGACCAUGCGAUACGGU